AUGAGGCGGCUGGUGGCCCGUCUAGCCUCCACUCCUGACGCCGCCCAGUCCCCCGCCAAGCUCCCUCUCCUCCACCGCUCGCUCCUCCCUUUUCUCUCCUUGGCAUCUUCCCUCUACGGAUUUUCGCUCUUCCUUCGCCGCAACCUCUAUCGAUGUGGCCUCCUCCGCGGACACAGGCAGGACGAGUGCCAUUGUUCUUCCCCCUCCCUUUCUGUUUUCUUUCUCAUUUUCAGAUCCUUGAUCGCGCUUGUUUCUCGUCUUGGUGUUUUCCUCAGACUGCCAGUACCCGUUGUCAGUGUCGGUAACCUGACUUGGGGAGGAAAUGGGAAGACCCCCAUGACGGAGUUCGUCGCCCGCAUCUUUCUUGACACCGGAAUGGCGCCUCUUAUCCUCACACGGGUGAGUUUUUUCUUUCUUCAAGCUUUUCUUCUAGAUUAUACUUUUUGUUUCCUCUUUUGUUGUCUCCUGUUGGCGUCUGGUAAAACUAUGUGAGUUAGAAAAUCAUUCCGGAAUCGAAUAAAUUUCUGUGAAUAGUUCAGCUUCUAUUUGAUCAACAUUGGCUCGCUCCUAAUGAUGUCUCUAGGUGGGUAUAUUUAUACAUAGAGACGUGUUUAAUUCCUUCCGUCUCCACAGCCAAAGUUUCGUACGGAAGUUUCUUGACGAAAGAGGAUGAUUCGAGUAAAUCUUUUCCAUCUAGCUGAAUACUGCAACUUGUUUAGUUUCUGAAGAAACAUGGCACAGUUUUAAACCACAUAAGUGCUUCUGUUUUGUAGCUCGAAGAUCUGGUUUAGUAUGGAGGAUCCGCUCGUCUGGAUUCUGUCAUAUUAUAUUCCUGAAUAGACAGGAGUCGUAUUUAGUUACAUGAUUCUUCAUGGAUCGUUGCAAGAUUUGUAUUUUCAGUGGCUCUCAGAAAUAAUUUACAUCGAUUGGUAUCGCUCUGAUGUAGGACUCAAAUUUGCAAUAGAAUGGGUACCCUUUCUUGGUGUUGAACUUAAUGGUUAUCUGGGUUUUAUGAUGUGAUGCUGAGUUUUCUGAUGACCCUUCCUCGUGCCUGAAUUCGUUAUGGACAGUUUAGUCAAUCCUGUUACUUUUUUUUUUGUCUUCUUUGUUAUUCUUCCCUUUACGAAAGGAAGAACUAUCAAUGUGUGCUUUACAGAUUUACCCUACCCUCGUUGGGUGGAGUGGAUUAAAGUUCAUAUUUGCUUGAUUGAAGAUGAUUUAGUCAUUGAGGACGAGGGAGCUAAGGGAAAGGAUAUGCCCUCAGAUGCCACCAAAUCUUUAGUCCCUUCAUGGAGUCAUGAUAGUGUGUAAAUGACUGUUAUCAGCAUUGAACCUCUGUAAAAUGUAGUUGUACAAUCAUAAAGGGGAAGCCCUUAAUCUAUGCUCUGUGUGGAUUUAAUGUUGUCAUUGUUUAAUAUUCACAACCACACUGUACCUUCUAGCUCUGUAUAUUACUAUUUUCUUGAAUAAAAAUAUUCAAUUGAUGUCUGUAUUUCUAAUCUUUAUCUAAGUUCUAUGACAUGCAUCAGCUGGACACCAGUUUCUUAGGGUUUCCUUUAUCCAUUCCUUGUUAGGGCUACGCUGGUGGUGAUGAAGCUGCUAUGCUUCGUAGGCAUCUCCUGAAUACUCCUGCAAGGAUAGGUUUGGGAGCAAACAGGGCUGCAGUUGCUACUUCCUUUUUAGAGAAAUACGGUUAUAGUUGUUGUGACUGGUUGCAACAGAAAACAUCCACCAGGAAGGAGUAUUUAACUCGCUCCAGUGAAAGUGCUAUUGGAGUCAUAAUUUUAGAUGAUGGCUUCCAGGUACUGACUUUCCAAAUGAAAUAGUCCUCUAUUAUUUUUUUGGCCUGUACUUGCUUUAUGACUUUGUGUCCUCUUGAAAGACUGCUCUGAAUUUGUCUACUGGGGCUGGUUACUUCUAACAUUGCAUGGUAUUUUUUCCUAUUGCUACAUGAUUUUGGAGCUGUUUUAAUGAGCAAUGGUAAGCAGUGAGUGAUGUUGUUUAUUGGAAACCUGAUGCCAGUAAUCAGAAUGGAAAAAAUUUAAAUCAUCAGCUUGGGCACUUUGGUAUUUGAGAAUCUAUCAUCUAUAACAUUGAUCCUUUAUUUCUAAAUGUUUGGGUUUUUUCCAUUCUGUAUCCUUAGUCGACCUGGUCUUGUUCUUCCCUAUCUUGGUCAAAUCUUGCUAAUUCACUUUGAGCCUUGGUCGUCAAAUCAAUGGGCAAAUAUACUCUUUUUUAUGCUUUAUUUUUAAUGAAGCAGCAGCCAAGACCAAAGUCACUUUCAGAAUAGCUGAACGUAAAAAAUGGAGCUGUUAUUUUUGAGCAGAAUUCUUUAAAUAUGUCCCUAGGGACUGCUGCAGCCAAUUCAAAUCAGUCAAAUAUUAUGGUUUCUAAAUUCUCUUGUUCAGUCUCUUGAUAAUUUUAGCUUUAUUGGAUCUCACCUGCAAUUUCCCUUUAGUUGUCCAGGGAAUGCGAAGCCUUCCUUGUGGAAAGAAUAUUUGACCAAAAUAGUCCAUUUUUUGAAGACGUAGGUGUAUAUAUAUAAGCAUGGUCCUUAUGUCGGAUUUUAUUUUACUUUGCGAGAGAAACGUUUUAUGCCUUGUGAAGCUGGUUCACAUAUCAGUAUUUCUUGACAGGGGAUUCGUCUAUGAUAAUUUUAAUAUGAAUUUAUGGCUCAGUCUAUGAUCAUAGAUGGCAUGAUUUCAUCUGUUUCUACAUAAUUUAAGCUCCUUGAGUUAAACACAUAAUUGUGAUUAUUUGGUUGGCAGAACUGGAGUUUGGUGCGGGACCUAGAUAUUGUUAUGGUCAAUGGUAUGAUGCCAUGGGGAAAUCGGAAGCUGGUCCCACGUGGAACUUUACGGGAACCUUUGGAUGCACUCAAACGGGCUGGUAUUGGCGUAAUACACCAUGCAGAUCUGGUAUCAACUCAUAUCAUCGUGUAUUCUUUCAGUGUUUGGGCAUUUGCUCGUUUCAUCUCACUAGUUUCUGGUUAUUUAAUUCAGCGUGGAAAAGAUUAUUCUGAUAAUUUUUUUAGCUCAGAUGAUGAUGCUUCUAAUUUGCAUGCUUUUUCCCUCACCAACUUGACCUUUUACUCUCCUGAUAAUUUACAUUGAUUUUUAUGUACUAUAGUUACUGAAAAGUUUGAAAGCUUUCCUGGAGUUUUAGUAGAGUUUAAACUACGUUUUAUAAUGUUACCUGUGUAUUCCCUGGGAGCUUUUAGCAUAUUUAUCACGAUCCUAGAUGUCAGAAUUAUUGAGACUUAGUGGAGUAUGAUGGGUAGCAAAAUCAUGGUGGUAAGCCAUUCUGUCAAUGUUUUACAAAACCAAGAGUCAUGCACAGUGUAGAAGUGGGAGUCAGUAUUAACCUAGAUAUGUUGUUGAGAGAGACUGGGUAUCAAGAUUUUCGCUAUCUGGUAUAACGAUACGUCAAAAUUGUUCGUAUUGUAGGAUUGGUUAGACAAGUAGAAGCUAGGAACGAGGUUAUACGUGGGGAAGGAAAUGCAGAUUCCCAGAGAUACACUGUGUUGGCAGUAUAAGCUCCUACUUUGCCGAUUUUAAGGUGAAAGAUACUAAAUGUACCAUAGAGUUCUGUGUUGGCAAUCAAAUUCUUGGUCAUGUGGGAAAUGCUGGGCAUGUUAUGUGAGAUAUAAAUGGGAAUCAGUACGGGAACGAAGAUAUAUUGUUGAGAGUAAGCAAGGUGCUGAAGAUGUUCCUGUUCACUUCUACCAUUGAUUUAAAACAAAAGAGUCAACAUAAUGCAUCGUAAAAGGAAUUGGAUGAGAAUGUUGAAGAAAACUUUGUUGCAAUCAAAUUAUGGUGGAAAAAACUUACACGGUAGGGGUUCAAGAAGACAACACUUUUAUACUGGUUGACGUUGUCCUCGAAACUAGGCUGUGGCAUAGAUAUGAACUCUCUCCCAAAUAUAAGAAACCUUCAAUUCUACAACGUCCUUGAUAAGAAAGUUGAUUGAACUUAAAUACAUUAAUACCACUGUUGAUGCCCUUGAGCCCAUUUAAACUUGGAUUGUGGCUCACAUCUAUCAAUUAAAAUAAUAGAUCAACCUGGGUCUCUGAACUAGGUCGAGCUAGCUCAAUGAGACCUAGGUUUUCAAGUUUCAAGCUCGUAAGAAUCAGAAUACUGACAAACAUUUAUUAGAGAAAGUCCAAUGUUACUCAAUUCUUCCAACUGCUGAUAUCAACAAAUAAGGUUUUACUACAACUACAUGAGAUGCAUUGAAUUACAUUCUUUUUCGAGUGGCAAUAGCUUCGACCAGUCCUGGAGCCAGGAUUUUAGUUGACCAUAGAUAUAUUUUAGUUAAUGGUCGUAAAAUGGAUAUACCAAAUUAUCGUGUUCCGAAUCCGAGGAUAUUAUUGCAAGAACGGAUUAACAAGAAACAAGUGCUCUGAUUCAGAAUAAUAUUGCUUUAUCCUCUCAUUAGGCACCAAAACAUUUGACUAUUGACUCGGUCCAUAACAAAGGAUUAGAAGAUUUAAUAGUGGAUAAUAAGUGUUUUGGUUUGAAAACAAAUGUGCUCUUAAUUGUAGAAUACUUUUCUUGUCAUAAUUUACCUAACAAAAAACAAAAGGAAAGAUUCGGACAUUUUUUUUUGGUUUUCGCAGGUAUAAAAAUAUCUAACGGAAAUGUAGCUGCUAAGGGUUUUCUGAUCUAGAUUUUGCCAAUUUAUCUCUUACAACAAUCAGCAGUAAAAUUAUCAUUCCUUUUUUUCGCUUUUUGACAUUUUUAUGCCAGAGUAAUUAGGAAUAGAAAAUCUCUUCUCAAAGUUUCUCAUUGUUUUUGACAUGCAAUGACAAUUCUGCUAUUUACUCUUACUGGCAUCCUUCGAAAUUCCAAACAAACACUUUAUCAAUUCAGAGUCGAAGGAUACUUUCUUUCAAAAUUUUAUAAUGUAGAAUAUCCACAUUACUUCAUGAUUAUAAAUGCAUCAUCCAAGACCUCUAUAACUGGCAAGUUAAAAAAGAUUGCGGGGGGAACUUCAUUUAGAAGAAAAGAAUGAAUACUUGCCUAGGCUAUUGCUAGUGAAAGACGAGUUGAUCUCAGAUUGAUCAUUUUUUCUGUAAUUAAUUGAAUACUAUGGUUAUUUCGUUUGUAAGGUUUAGGGCAUAAACCUUAAUCCAAAACUUGGAAACAUGUUGGCAAGUCUUGACAUCAAGCAGAUCCGUUGGUCAGGCGGCUUUUUCAGAUACUUUUGAUCCUUUCUGUGAAUAAGUUCUGUCAAAUAGACGGGAUCUAGACAAUUAACAAAGGCUUGUGGAACUCUGAUUAGAGCUGACUGUAAACUGAGGAUAUUGGGCUUUGUGUGGACUGAGGUUUUGGGAUCGGGUGCAUCUUCUUUUGUAAUCUUUGAGAAACGAAAUUCCAUGUUGUUCCUUGUUGGUUUACAGUCUUUAUUGAACUCCGGCCCUCCCUUACAAGUUGUUUCCAUGAAUUAUAGUCUUUACUGAGAUUCUUAAAGUCUAGAUUGUUGAAUUAUUUUCGGUCAAUUUUUUUUCUGCUAAUGGUCAGUGCGUCAAAUGUUGAAAUAGCUUAUGAUUUUUCCCAUUCGUCCAUUUGAUAUAGGUAUCAGAUAUUCAACUCAAAGCCCUUGAAACAGCAAUGCUAAAUGUUAAGAAAACGCUUCCAAUAUUCUUCAGCAGAUUGGCCUCAUCAUGUUUUUUUGACAUUAAAGACGUGCACACUACUAUUCCUGCAAGGAUCAUAAAAAAUAUGGUAGUACUUUGUGUUUCUGCCAUUGGUUUCCCAAGUGCGUUCUCCCAGGGAAUCGAAAAGGUAUCACUUUAUUUUUUAUUUUUUUUAUUUUAACUCUCACGAUUUGUAUUUUCACUAAUGGUGAUGAGCAUCUGUUAGGAACAUUAAGUCCUUUCUGGUUGAUAUGGUUUCUCUUUUAUUUGCAUGGAAUCUAAAGUCUAGUUCAUUUGUCUAAUUUUCAAAACUUUUGCAAACUUUGGACAAGUCUGUUCUUAUUAAGUGAGACAUAUUUUGUCAAAUUGUUUCUUAUACCUUACGUAUCAUUCGCAGUAUCUCUAGAGGAUCCUGUUUGACCACUUGUCAGGUUAACAAUUUGUUUGAUACUGUAGCCCUUACAUUUGUUAUAGGAAAGCUAAACUAGCAAUAGAACUUAAGUAAAAAAUUAUGUCAUUUAAGUUGCUCUGGUGCACAUGAGGACAAAGUAUGAGUAUGGUCAAAAUGUGGAUUACAGAAGAUUGACAGCAUGGGUUUUAUUAAACGUGGAUAAACAUGAUGCGAAUCAGAAUGGGAGAGGCCAAGCUCUUGGGAGUUGGGAUGUCAACUUGUCAGUCUCCUAUUUGGUUUAUUCUUGUGUGGCGUUUUUCGGAUUGCUUUUUUUAUAUGUUCGUGCCCUCUAUUGAGAUUAACUAAGGUCUGGCUGAGAACAGCAAGCAUUCUUUAUCUUUUUGACUGAGUUCUCCUAGUCCUGUCUUUCAAAAUGAAGACUAGGUUCGUUCAGUUUGAUGCUUUUUCUUUACUCUUGACUAUAUUAUGAUUAGAUCUUUGAUGAUAUGUAAGUUUCAAUCCCAUGGCUAGGAUUGUUAAGCUCAUGUAUACGUCAAAACUGUUUCUCUUAUACUCUUUAUCUGCAGUUGCUGAUUUUGAAACGUUCAAUUGAUUAAGGGUUCCUUCUCUGACGCUAAACUCCUGUAGAUUGGUGCAUUGCACGUUGAUCAGCUGGAUUUUGUUGAUCAUCAUUUCAUUCAACCAGAGGUAAGCAUUUAAUGUUUCUGCUUUAUCAUUUCCCUUUACUUUAGUAGUUUUUUUAUUUCAGUAUUACUUUAAUUUAAAUAAGUUAAAGAGAUUUGCAUUGUAGGAUGUGAGAGGACAGUAAUUCGUUUUGCUGCUGAAAGGGUUAUGGUUUUCUCUUGUCAUUGAAACUAUUACCUUCAAAUCCUGAAGUUUGUCUGAUGGAAUUGUGUUUCCCCUGUACCUAUUUUUCCUGGCACGUCAGUUGCACAAUCUCUUGUGCAACUUGGUUGUUUUAUAAUCAAGCUUGAUAGCAUCACUAACUUUUUAUUGUUGUCUACAUUGUCAUAAUUCAAAGAUUAUUUGCUAUUCAAGGAAUUUUUUUUCGUUUGGUUGUGGGCUUUUUUUUUAUCUUUUUGGAUGGGUGGUUGCGUUUUGCUACUCCAAGGUGCAGUCAGGGCCAUCUUUGGGCUGGAGCAGAGAGUUGACUAAUUUUAUUUCCAGCUUCAGUUGAAUUAUUUGAACCCACAAUGUGUCUACUGAAGCCAACGUGGCAUGCCAAUUUGACUCGAUAUUUCAGUGUUAUGGUAUCUGAUGCGCGUGUCAGGAUUGCUCGACUUGAAAUGAAUUAGUUGAGAGAAACCUGAAAAAUGGUAUGAAUGACUCAAACUGACUCUCUCACUCUCUGUAAAAGAACGCACAAGAAGGAGCUCGUCUUUUUAUGUUUUUCCAUUGAUUGACGGCCCUGAUGUCUGGGAUUUGAUAAAGCUUGUUUUCUCUUGAGACCUCAAGAAAUCAUCCAGCUAUGUUGGAAACUUACCUGACUCAGUUAGUUGGUUAUUCCUCAACAAGUGAUCUUCAGGAUCUGAUAUGAACUCGCCAAUUUAUUAAUGAGCGCCACUCUGGUGACUCUGUUUUAUUUACUAAUGGUGGUACUUUUGAAUACUUUGUAACAGGAUAUUAUGCUGAUUAGACAGCGACUCAGAAAGUUGGAAGAUAAAUUUGGAACCAAACCCCUUGUUGUUGUGACAGAGAAGGUCAUGAUUUUUCUGUCUACUGAAAAUUUCGUACCACAUAGAAUAACAAAUUUUGCCGAUUCACAUUACCCAAUUUUUUUGUCUGCAGGAUUAUGAUCGGGAUACAGAAAUUCUGAAAGAAAUACGUGAAUUUAGGGUCUUGGUCGUUUGUUCAUCACUCGAAAUCAUUCCAUUUGCCGGACGAACUGCAGAGGACUUCAAAGAACUGAUGAAGAAUUUGCUCCACAAAGAAAACCGGACAUGCAAUGGGGGAGAUUAG